AUGGAUGACGAUAAAGAUUCAUUUAUUGUAUUCAUUGAAAGCGAAUCAUUUGAUAAAACUCAAAAACUCAAACAUGAUUUUUAUCCGGAAUCAGAUAAAGGAUAUUCAUUUCUUGAAUUGUGUUGCUAUCACGGAGCUGUUGAUUGUUUUAAGUUAUUAAGGACAAAAUUCAACUCAGAAAUUAAUCCACAAUGCCUUCAAUUUUCAUUCUUAAGCGGAAAACCAGACAUUUUGAACGAAUGUUUGAAAUUCCAAAUACCCGAUCAAGAAUGCAUGAAAUAUGCAAUUAUUUCAUUCAAUGUUGAUUUUAUAACAUUUUUGAAUAGAGAGUAUGGAUUAGAAAUUGAUUUGGAUACUUGUAGGCUCUGGAGGAAUUACCAAGCUUUCUUUAUUCAUCUUGAUGUUUCAAAUGACAUUGAAAACUGCUUUCCUUAUACUCCCUGUAGGGUUGUUAGAUUCCCGACGAUAGGUGUCUUGGAAGAUUUGCCUGGUGUCAUCAUAGUGUCUUUAAAUCAAAAAUUUUAUUUUGGAGUUAGUUUUAUUGAUUUUUCAAUAAAAAACAUUUGUAAAACAAGAAAAUAA